AUGCACAUCGUGACAUCUAAAGUCAACAGAGAGUGAAGUGUAUGAGUUUCAUCAAACAGUAUCCUUCGGAUCUCCCAUGUCGCAGCGUAAAGCUUUCCAAAGGACAACGGUAGAUAUAGAAGUCGUGAUUGACUUGUUAUCCACCAAUGUGGUGCUGCGGCUAUUGCUGAGCACCCUGGCUUGUCCAGUAUAUGUUAUGACUAAUCAUAUAUUCAGCAAUAAAACUAGUAUAAGUGGCCGCAAGCUAUUGAAUCUGGAGGAUUUGUGCUUUCUCAAAUGUCUAGCUUGUUUUAUUACUCCUUUGAUUGCGUGACACUAUCUAAUGGAUGAAAAUCACACUUGAGUGAGAACGCAAAAGGUCUUAGAUUCGUGGAAUUCUAUAAUUGCAUUGGAUAACGUUGAUGAAGAGUUUGAUUACUGAGCAUCGUCAAAAGAAUUUGAGGCUUGAAGCAGUCCGCUGACGACUUCGCACUCGGGAUAUGAACUUUGGAGUAGCUAGUUAUUAAGGACGUUAUCC